UGGCGGUGGCCGGUGUGGAUCGGCUGGGCUCCGUGCACCAUUCAUCGGCGCCGUCCGAGCAUCACGUUAUAACCGUGCGUUUCCGCCCGGGCUCGGGAUGCGGGACCCGAGCGUCUCCGGACAGUCGCAGGGCAGCAUCCGGCAACCUUACCAGGCUGCGCUUCCCCGGCUGAGCCAGAAAACACAUCGGCUCGUAUAAUUGAGGAAAGGAUUGUGGGCCGUGGAAGAGGGCAAACAAAGAUCUUGUCUGUCUGGGGGCGGGGGGAGGGGGGGGUCGGUCCCACUGCGACGUGCACAUCAAGCGGACUUGGAGGAGAGGCAUCACAGGAGUGCCAGAGGAGCACAGGCACAUACGCACCCCCCUCCCCCUGCCUAGCCCCUCGUGGCUGUUAAAUUUUGCUAGGGAGCACUGUGAGGAGUCAAACGUGCAAGGCGUUGUUAAAUGGCCCGGUAACUGAGCCCCCCCUCGGCCCUGACUUGAGAGGGAGAGGGAGGGAGGGAGGGAGAGAGAGAGAGAGAAAGAGAGAGAGAGAGAGGGAGACACAGAUCUCUUUGUACACUUCUCUCCGUAUGUGUCCCACCUGUUUUCUGCAAGAUCGCUCCCUGUCUUCCUUCCCGGCUCCACACUUUUAGCAACAAACAGACCCCAAAAUAGCUAAUCCCGAGAGAUUUCUCUAUCUCCUGCUGCCGGUGAAGGGCAGGAGCGCCUCACUGUCCCGAAGGCUUGGAUCUCGACAGAUGGGAGCCACUAAAGACCAGAGUGAAUGCCGGCACCCCCUCCUCAGAAUGUGCUCUACCCUCUGGACACUCUCCCCCCUCAUUUUAAGCUUUGCCCGCUCUGCUCUGUUUGCCCGGCGAAGAUGAUCCUCUCUCGAUUCUCCUGGCAAGCGCCGGCCGUGUGGUGAACUGUGGCAUAAGAUCCACAACCAGGACAAGACCAGCACUGGGACCGGCACCAUGUCGUGGAAGAGGAACUAUUUUGCAUCGGGCAGCAGCGGGAUGCAUGGCGCGUAUGCCCCCCGGACCAUGACGUCUAUCGCACCCAGCAAAGGGCUCAGCAACGAGCCGGGACAGAACAGCUGCUUCCUGAACAGCGCCCUGCAGGUUCUCUGGCAUCUGGACGUCUUCCGAAGGAGCUUUCGCCAGCUGACCACGCACAAGUGUAUGGAGGACUCCUGCAUCUUCUGUGCUCUUAAGAGCAUCUUUGCGCAGUUCCAGUACAGCAGCGAGAAAGUCCUGCCCUCCGAUGCCCUGCGCAGUGCCCUGGCCAAGACCUUCCAGGAUGAGCAGCGCUUCCAGCUGGGGAUCAUGGACGACGCGGCCGAGUGCUUCGAGAACCUUCUGAUGCGCAUCCACUUCCACAUCUCUGAUGAGACCAAGGAGGACAUAUGCACCGCCAAGCAUUGCAUCCCUCACCAGAAGUUCGCCAUGACACUUUUUGAGCAGUGCGUUUGCAACAGCUGUGGUGCCACCUCCGACCCGCUGCCCUUCAUCCAGAUGGUCCACUACAUCUCCACCACAUCCCUCUGCAGUAACCAGGCCGUGCGCAUGCUGGAGUGCCGCGAGAAGCCCACGCCAGACAUGUUCGGGGAGCUGCUCCGCAAUGCCAGCACGAUGGGGGACCUUCGCAGCUGUCCGGGUAAUUGUGGGGAGAUGCUCCGAAUCCGGCGAGUCCUCAUGAACUCCCCCGAGAUCAUCACCAUCGGCCUGGUCUGGGACUCGGACCAUUCGGACCUGGCCGAGGACGUCAUUCACAGCCUGGGCACCUGCCUGCGCCUGGGCGAUCUCUUCUACCGCGUUACGGAUGACCGAGCCAAACAGACCGAGCUCUACCUGGUGGGCAUGGUCUGCUACUAUGGGAAGCACUACUCCACCUUCUUCUUCCAGACAAAGAUCCGCAAGUGGAUGUACUUUGAUGACGCCCAGGUGAAGGAGAUCGGCCCCAAGUGGAAAGACGUCGUGUCCCGCUGCAUAAAGAGCCACUACCAGCCCCUGCUGCUGCUGUACGCCGACCCGCGGGGCACGCCGGUGUCGGCGCAGGACGUCCCUCCGCAGCUGGACCUGCAUCGCUGCAGCAAGGCUGGAUAUGACAGUGAAGACUCCGGUCGCGAGCCGUCCAUCUCCAGUGACACGCGCACAGACUCCUCGACGGAGAGCUGCUCUCAUCGGCGCCCCCACAAGCACCAUGAGUCCAUGGCCAGCCGCUUCUCCUGUGAUUCUCAGGGCACGGUCGUCUGUAACCUGGACGGCGACCCCAUCUGCCACGGCGGCACGGAUCCUGCAGGGGAGAUCCUGAAGGAGCCUCUGGUCCCACGGACGCUGCCCAGGCCGUCCUCCAGCCGGCUGAAGGACUUCAAAGAGGCUAUGGGUGGCACUAUGGUCCACAGCCGGCCGCUGUCAUUGUCCUCCAGUUCGGGGGUGGGCAGCUUGGAGCCGGGAGCGCGGGCUCGCGACUGGGAGAACGAGAGCACCAGCAGCGAGUCCAAGUCCAGCUCCUCCGGGGGGCGCUACCGACCAGCCUGGCGGCCCAGGCGCGAGGCCCUGAAUAUCGACAGCAUCUUUAGCCGGGAGCGAUGGCGGCAGGCUGGGUUCGGCCCCCUGGGGCCCUCGCCGCUGCUGGAGGAAAGCGGGAGCCGGGGUGAGGUGUUUCCCGGGACUUCGGCAGCCGCCAGGCAGGGGGCCGGAGGUCCGGAGAUGCUUGUCAGAACCAGCGGGUACCUGGCCCCGCCUCUGCCUCAGUCACUGCACAGCCUGGAGCACCAGCCGCGUUUGAUCCAGAGGAUGGAAAGUGGCUAUGAAAGCAGUGAGAGGAACAGCAACAGCCCUGUGAGCAUGGACAUGCCCCUUAGCGAGGGGCCCAGUGCCGGCUCACACAGGGACGUGGGAACGAAGAAACAUUUAAUCUCAGGCCCGUCCUGGCGCAGCGUACCCAAGUCCAAGAGCAGCGGGGCCAUCCUGCAGGACGUCAGAGCGCCAUCCUGGGCCAGCAGUCACCUGAGCCUGGGGGAGGGCCGCAGCGAGCUGGACGAGCUCCAGGAGGAGGUGGCACGCCGGGCACGACAGCAGGAGCUGCAGCGGAAGCGGGAGCGGGAACAGGAGGCUGCCAUGGGCUUCAACCCCCGGCCCAGCAAGUUCAUGGACUUGGACGAGCUGCAGCACCAGGGGAUGGGGGCUGGCCUCGAGCGCUCGCUUGUCGAGGCCGACUCUCUGUUAGAGCGCUCGCUGCAGCUCGAGCAGGGGGGAGACGUGGUAGCAGCUCUCUCCGUCUGCCACCAGGCUGUGUCUAAACUAAGACUUACCAUGCAUGAGGGCAGUGCUAACACUCAUAGCAGGACAAUGGCUGCCGAUAAGAAGCUGCAAAAGUGCAUGAGGAGAGCGCGGGGCCUACAGCAGCGCAUGCAGCCGCUGGAGCAGGAGCAGCCGCAGCCGCAGGGGCCUCCCAGUGAACAGCCUGGCGCGAUCAAAAUACUGCUGACAACCCAUCAGGAAGAGGACUGGGAUGCAGACCAGGAUGCGCCUCUGGCCCCGCCCUCUCCUCUCCCUAGUCAACCUUUCUCCCUUUCUAGAAACGUACACCCUGGACCCUUGAGCCGCCCAUCUCCCUGCUCCCCCCAACUUGUGGGGCAGAGCAAGGGCCCCAGCGGAGAGCACUCGGAGAAUCUGCCCGCUUGUUCAGAGCUGGGAGAGCAGGAGAUGAGAAGGGAAGGGCAGGACCAUGUAACCCGCCGGGACGGGUCUGAGGCCUCCGACAUAAGUCCAUCCUCAGGUCAACAAGCAGAGCCUGUCCAUCAACGCUGCACCUUGCCCUUGCUGCCCCUAGACUUCUGGAGGGCUCCUGGAAGCGAGAGGGAGGGCUGUACCCAAAGCGCCCAGCCGCAGCCCCAACCUCUCCCUGCCACUGCAGCUUUGCCGUUCCCGAGCUCCAUGAAAAUCCCUGACCAAAGCUCAGCUAAUAAUCCGGGGCCUCCACAGGCUCUAACAGCAUCACCGGUAGAGCCCUCUGCAGACAGGACGGGCUGUGACUAUCCAAGGUCUCCCACUCAACAUCCAGUGCAGACCCCACCUCAAAUUCAGUCUCCGGCUCCUCCCUGCACCAUCCCUCGGCUGCAGCCGCCUUCCACCGCUGUUCAGUACUGGUCAUCUUGGAGCCUGGACAGGCCGGACAGUGUUAUCAUGGCGUUCUGCACUUCACCCAGCCGCCAGUUUUACUCCAGUUCCAGCAUGCCUGGGUGCCCUUCUUCCUCUCAGCUAGUGGUUGAUCCACCAGAUCCCUCCGUAGAGGGAAAGUCCCAGGCUGAAAACUCCAAGGCUUCCGGUAAUAUUCAGCCUGCCACUAACUUAUGGUGUGAUGUCACUGACUCACCGGAUAAGGAGCUGGAAGUCCUCCACCAGACAAGCAGAGAGGACACUACAUUUCCUCUGGAGACCUUGCCGAGCAACUUUUCACCAUCUGGAGCAACGUCAGUUCCUUCAGCUGGUGAGAGGCAGUUGUCUGGGAAUAUCGUUGGUGGGCGCUCCAAAACCCCUACGGCCGAGAUAGAGAAGAGUAUAUUCCAGGCCCCUGGCUGUGGAUCCUCUCUGGUCUGCUCUCAUAGGUUUACUCCUGCCCCUAACCAUGAGCUACAGCCAAUGGAGUCAUGUGGCAUGGACGACCUGGGAGAGGAGCACGCUACUGCUGCGAAGGAUGAAGGACGAGGCGAAACACAGCUGUACAGUGUGGAGAACAUGCGUCGCGUUGCCCGCAGCUUGAGCAGUACGGUCAUCGGAAGACGCCAGGAGGACCUCAGGGUGUCCCGCAGCAUGGAGAUUCCCAGGAGGUCCAAGAGUUUCUGGCUCUGCUUGACCGGAGUGAAGCUCUCUCCGGUGAAGUCCACCACCGUACCGCACUGAACGGCGAGACGUGGUAGAUGGCCGGUGCCAUGCCUGCUCGCCCGUCCCAUCGAGGGCCUGGAGCUCCCCUGCCGUGACCCAGCUGCCUGUACCUGCUACAGCCAGGGAUUAGCAUGUCGUGGCCUGUGCGGUCAGCUGUCCAUCUGCUUGGCACUAUGACCAGUACCCCCCAUCCCGCCCCAUCUAUUUCACAUGCAGCACCAGAUGAUGCCCCCCCCCCCGAAGAAGACAAAAAGAGACGGCCUGUGACCCGUCCCAGGGCACUGCACCUCCACCACCACCAGCAGCUCACCCCGACGGUCUCUGGGCCCCCCCUCAGCCUCGUGAUCUAUGCCAACAUGAACCCGUGAGACUCACACAACUACUGCCAGUUCCAUGGAGUUUUCUGGACUUGCUCUGACCCUAUUGGCCGAAAGCCCUUCUAUUCCUACUACAGCACCCUAACCCUAUUGGGUGACCCUGCCGUGUCACCCACCCCUUUAUAGUUAUAGAGAAGCUUAGGAGUCCGCUGCUGGGAUCAGGCUGUGGAUGCUGACAGGAGACUGCAGAGGCCUCCUGAUUGGCUCCUCGGCCGUAGGACGACCUGUGCGGUGUCACACCGUCCCUGGUCGCCCUGGUUAGCAUGGAAUCGUGUGGGACGUGCCUCUUGUCCAAGGGAGAGGAGCCAAGCACUACAGAUGUCGGCCUCCGAGCAGCUGAGCAUCCUCAGUGAGCAGCUUAAGAGCCAGAAUGUUCCGGAGGAAACAUCAGCUCCACCCAGCAGAGCCAAAACAGUAGCCUAUCCAUGUCAUUUUUCUUUUCUAAAUUUUAACCAGUUUUGUGUGUGUUUUUUUAAGAGACUGUAGCGGUUCUCUCCCACCAUUAAAGGUUGCGUUUGGUCCAUUUCUCCUCUCCUUUACUAGUUCAACUGAAAAUCGAGAGUGACAGGGAAAAAUGAGCCAGCAGACAUUUGGUGUAGCAGUGUAGCAGGACCUGGACUUGCACCCAAAUCGUUGUUUAAAGAGGAGGAGGAGUCUCUGCUGGACCUUUGAACAAAAUAAUAAACGGGAAUCAUGAAUUAUUUAAGUUAAAAUAUCCUACUUUAAAAAUGGAUAACCUGUAAAGUAAACUGUAAGAUAUGUACGUUGUUUGGAUAAAAUCGUAUGCUCAGAAACAAAAACAAUAAUUAGAUAUGCUAUUUUGAAGAUUAAAAUCUCAAUGUCUUGUUUGAAUUAGGAGAGAGUUCCGUAGGUUGUUGCGAAUUGACAUUUUUUUAUGUCACAAAAGCGAAAACAGUCUCAAGGAAUUUUUAUAGGCAUCUCUCAAAUUAAAAAAAAAGAUAUUUUUUUUAAUUCAAGGAAGAUAACUUGUAUGUGAUCAGUGAUAUUCGAAAUGUUCGAUUAUGUUUCAGACUAAAAUGACUGCACCUUACAUUUGAUAUGAAAAUGGUAUCUAUUUAGUAAUAAUGCAUUUGAUAUUAGGGCAGUAUGUACUGUAACGUAUCUGACGCUCCGCUUCAAAUGCUUAGGCGGUCAGGUUGUCAUCUAGGGUCGGUCGUUUUGAUAAAGCCGCUCUCGUCGUCUGUGUCGAGGGCGGGGAAACGUCGGCUUCAUGGGCAGUAGGCUGUGCUGAUUUUUACCCCGUGAGUCCUUCCUUAAUUAGCCGUAGUUUUUUUUUCUUUUCUUUUGAAGGAACUGAAACCCAGCGUGUGUUAUCUGAAGACUCCAUUGUUUUCAGUAUCGUCUCGUAAAGCCGAAAUCCUGAUGGUGGAUAGAUCUUUCUCUUCAUGAACAAGUGAAGCUUAAACCCGUGUCUGCUUAGGGUUAACGUCAAGCACGUUAUUUAUAUCGCGAACUAACAGCUUAAGUUUUAUCGGAUACAAUACGGAAAGUUCAGCCAAUGCUAAUGGAUUAAUAUCUUGGUGGGAAUGAUAGCAGCCGGUCCUCGGUGCCCAUAAUGCCUGGGAAUUCCCUGCCCUCGGUCUAACCUGAAUUUCAUGAGCUUUGUUAGACUCAUUUGUGAGUUGUGCCGCUGUUUCCCCACUACAGCCAUUCAGCUCUGGCUCCCUUACGGAUGUAAGCCUCCAUACUUUAGCAAACCUGCGGCUGAGUCUCGCUGGGAGGACUUGGUUUCUUCGGUACCGCAGACUUUCUUACACUCUGUGUAAUUUAUGGCUGACAAAACCACAGCAGAAGCUACUGAGCAGCCAGUGUGACAGGCACUCACGCCUCGGGACCCGAAUCGGGACGCUAUUUGCAGCAGGGAAGCCGCAAAGUCCGGUCCAUUGGAACACGGAGCGUAUUAAAUGGAUUUAUGUUCCUUAUUUGAUGCUAACAGUAAUUACAAAUGAACCUUUUGGCAGUAUUCGGACAGAACAUCAUCACGGUGAACGAAAAGCAUAAUUUUCCAGUAUUUUCACUCUUUUGAGUUUUCACAAACUAUAUAUGCCUAAUAAGUGUGGGUGUGCCCUUUGAAAAUAAUAUCGCCCUAAAAACUCGAAAUAUACAUGGCUUAAUUCACUUAUAGAAGAGUGAACUAUGUAAUUGAGCGGAUGCUGAAAAUACAUACUGAAAUCGUUUAUGGUUUGCUAUUAUAACAUUUGGGCAAGUAAAUUAAGUACUAUAAAUUAGUUAAUCGUUACGCAGCCCUUUCCGGGGGGGAUUAACCGAAUCCAGUAGGUAAACUGACAGGAAUGGUUGCACAGAGACCUCUCCUACUAUACAGAAAAAUCAACGUCGUGACCCCGAGAAGACUGACGUGUCUGACAAUAUUUCUUAUGUUUUUUACAAUAAGGGUGACAAUGAGCUGCAGGUGCUCCAGCGUAGUUAAUGUACAACGGACCACAGAGCGCUCGCUGUCACGUGGCCGGACAUGCUUAUCGUCCGGAAAACCACAAAAACAGGGACAGUGGAGCAUGGAGAUUGUUUCCUCUAACACAUGAAAAACACCUCAGAAAUCUUCUCCAGGGAUAGGAAAAGAGUGUGUUGGAGAACAUCACGUAUUUGUUGUGACAUACGGGAGAAAGAAUAACGUACAUGAUUGGAGAAAACCACAAUAAGGCCAGUUUAUUCCGAUUUUUACUAAUAGGACUUUAUACUAUUGCUUAAUAAGUAAUAAUAACUUUAUUACUUAAGUCAUUGGUAAACACUCUAUCCUGUAACAAGGGGCUUCAGGAAAUUAUCGUCUUUGUACAAAGCAAUCAACUUAAUGAGAUGAAUUGACAGUAUUAGCAUGUUUUGAGAUACAGCAUUUCACAAGCAAUGAUUGCAGAGGACUGGGAAUUAAUCCUGAAUUAUGUUUUACAAUUGAGAGGUUUAUAAUAGUCCAAGAGUUAUGGCCAUGCAGAGGUUAUCUGUUAAAAAAACAAUCACAGAACCAGGUUUAAGCCCUACAAAGCACCAGGCGAGCUGUGCUAUUGACCCAACUGUCUAAUCUGAGAUGCAGGCCAGGUCAUUUUCAUUAACGUCAUUAAGAGUUAUGUUCCUGUCACAGCUAACAAGUGAAGCAAAGAGAUUGGCAUGGUUUAUGUUUGUGACCUCUGAAAGAGAGCCGACAAGGAGGCCGGCAUUAAUAUGGCUUUGUUCAAUACUCAUUUCACAAUGCUUACUAUUUGGAUUUGACAAAAAAGAAAAUAAUUUGAAACAAUAAGUCCAGCUUAGUUUCCCACUACGGAUGUUAAUUGUCUGAAGUGCAAGAAAACGGAUUGGAAACCCACUUUUACAAUGGAACCAAAGAGAGAGAUUUCACCUGCAUUUUCCGGUUUAUUUUUGUAACUCACAAGAGGUUAAGAAAUUUCAAGCAGCACCCUAUGUAUCGUUGCACCUUUAUCAUAAAGGAAAUGUAUGAAUUUAUGACAUUAUUCAGAUUUAUGAUUAUUUUUUUUAAAACAUAACAAACAUUGAUAAAUUGCAACUCCGAAACUGUGUACAUAUGUCUAUGUGCAGCAAUCGGCCUUUAAAAUAUGAGACCAGUGUGUGACGAUGGAUUUCUUGACAAUGUAAGUGGGCUUUGAGGGAUUUCCACUUUAACCCAGUUUGUAAAUGUUGUGCUGGCAGAAGGAACUUGUAUUUUUGCAAUAAAGUUACUACAAAGUG